CGCGUCCAUUGCAAAAAAAAAAUUCCUGCACAGAGUUUUCGCUACAAUUAACUGACUGCGGCAAUCUCGUGAUGUUGGCCGUUAAAAAGGCGAUUAAUGGAAAAGUGUGAUAGAAAUCAGUGUAUAGAACGUGGAUGAAGUGUUUAAUUGUAACCGCAGUGUCCGAGAUUUCCCAAUAGCUGUGCGGCUUUUCAUUGCAUUCGCUUCGGUAUUCGUUUUCCCCGCACCCAAGCCGCAUUUGAGACGCCGCUCGGAAAAUGUCGCUUGAAGGCGCUAGGCUGCGCUACGAGGACGAAAAUGGCGAGACCGUGGUGCUGGCAGCCAAGGGACGCACCUUCCAGGUGGGCUCCUACUACAACUGCGACCUCAUCCUGGAGGGGCCGCAGGAGGAGCGCCUGAUUUGCGAAAUAAACUGUGACGCCUUCGGCAGGGUCAUCAUCUACAACAAGUCCAGCGAGGACCCCAUCCACCUCAACGAUGUGGUCAUCCACGGCAAGCGACCGCUGCUCCACGGGGGAAAGAUCACCAUUCGGGACAAGGUCUACACCUGGGAGUUCCCCAAGUCCUCCGACGCGCAGGAUGCACCGUGCACCCCAGAGCGCCUGUCGCCCAAUGAGCAGGCCUCGAACUCCUGCCCCUCACUAAAGCAAUCGCAUCGUCUGCACUCCGAAAAACGCUUGACGGUUCACAAUUUUCACUACAGCAUAAAUUCGGAUGACGAGGGCAAUACUUCCAUUGAGUCGCGCGAUCAGAGUGAGUCCCACUUGGAGGAGGACGCCCUGAAUAUCUCACCUCCACCCAGCGCAGAGACGACAACCUGCGAGACGCCCAAAGUAGAUCUUCUGGAGGCAACGCAGAACAAGGAGAACACCGCAACGCCUCCAGGUAGCCACCAGAAGCUGCUGAAAUUGUGCGCCCUCUCGGACGUGGUCAUCACCUCUUUCUCGCCGCGCGAGACGGGCGUCAAAGUGGAGAAGUCCUUCACAUGUGUGCGCAAACCGGCCCACGCGGCGUCCACUUCGACUUCGGUGACCAUUUCCACGCCUAAGAGUGUGUACAGCACCCCGAAAGGCGGUGUGCUCUCGGAGCUGAACGAAGACAGUUGCAGCCGGGAUCUGAUGGACUUCGGCACGCCAUCCACUUCGACGAAGGUAAAGCGUGCGUCGUCCAUGUUCUUGAUCGACUUGACCACCCCCUCGAAGCUACGACCAACAACCAAGCAAACGCCCACACCCAAACAAACGCCCAUUAGUGUGGACAGCACGGAUGAAUCAUCCGAUGCAUCGCCGCUGGUUAUUGACAUCACCAACUCCGAAACGCCACCCUCACCAGGACCUUCACAAAGGUACAAAACCCCUCGGCGAGCGGCUGGCACCGCAGGCGCCACACCAAAGCGAACGCCCCAGUCCUUGAUGAAACGGGCGCUGCUGACCAGUACCAAGAAGCAGAUCGCCGCCAACCAGACAGAUAAGACAACUCCUGUGGCCACCACCAAACGGGCAUCACUGUUAGAUGCUCGUCGCCAGUGCCUGACCACUCCGCGUCGUUUGCCAUUCCAUCCGCACAGACGGACACCAGUCCACCGGCCCGAGGAGCAGCCGAGAGGCAAAACGCCUAAAACCUCGCCACGCAGGCGGAUAUCGCUGAUGGAAUCUCCCAGGGAAAACAAGGUAUCCCAGCUCAGAAAGUCCUUUGUGGCCGCAAAGCGCAGUCCCGGCGUUGACAAGAGCAACAAACUGGUAGCCAAGGCGUGUCGGUCGCUGAACUCGCCGAAAAGCGGAUCCCCUAAGCCGGGAUCACCCAAGCCAUCAUCGCCGUGUCCGAGAAAAACAUUUAAUGCCUCGCAAAUCAAGAGCUCUACUCCGGAGAAACAUGACGACUCAAAGGACGAGUUGAGCCGAACCUUCACUAUCAUGGAUGAUACCCAAGGAAAGGAAAAGAGUGCUGCAGGGGCGGUAAUCGAAGCGUUGGCUGCUUUUAUAACAGGAGAAGAUGAGGGUGAUGCAUCCAUCCAGCUGAGUUCCGUAUUCGAGAAGAGCCUCCCGCUUAGUAAAUCAAAGGAACCUGUAUUUGUCGAACAACAAAUCGGUUCAAUCAGUCCAGCAAAUGAAAAGGAAACUGAUUUAAAUUCUACAGAGGACAAGGUGAAUUCUGAGCCAAAUGUUACAUUCGAGAAGAGUAUAACUAAACGUGAACCUUGUACCGAAAAAGACUUAGAAACUGUUAAAGAUCAGGAAGGAAAUAAAAAUCUAUCAAAUACAAGUCUUCAAGACAAGAAACAAAGCGAAACUGUGAGCUUUCCUGUCAAUGAAAAAAGUGAGGAACCGAUUAUCGAGGAUAGCAUCUGUGAGGAAGUCCAUGCGAAUAUUCCCAAGGAAAGCGAUAAUGCUAAUCCUGAGGGCGUAAUUGAGGACAGCAUUUGCGAAGAGGUGCCAUUGGAAAGUAAAGCUGCUGAGUCCACUUCAAUUGCAACAGGCGAGACAAAACAAAAGAUGAAUGAACAAACACCAAAUGUAGAUACCCCCGUACUUCGGAGGAGUUUGCGCCGCCUCUCUGUUGACCAGAGGACAGUGGCCACAACGCCGCGAAGAAGCACUCGCAGAUCAUCGAUGGAAGCCGCCAACAAGGAGGUGCCGAAGGACAACAUUAAGCGCUCACGCCGCGCUUCCUGCUCUGCGGUGGAAAGUCAGUGCAAUGUGGAUACUCCGCGACGCAAGCGACGACUCACGCAGGAAAUGUCCACGCCAACGCGACAAUCGAAGCGUCUGCUGAACACGCCGAAGCGGGAACUUCAAGUGGACGAAUCUGUUGGCGAUAUGGGAGUCAUUUUGGAAGAAGUUGGUCAAGAAGAUGAGGAAAAGUCUGCUAUCGCUGACGACGGAAAUUAUGGCAACGAACUGCCAGACGACGAAGUUGACAAAGUGGAUUACCAUGGCCUGAGGGAUUUGUUAAAAACUCCCAAAAACUGCAGCACCCCCCGCUUUAAAGGACUGAGAGAAAUGAUGCGCACACCGAAGGUUCCCGCGUCUCCCAUUUUGGGCAACAUGGCAGAGCUGUUGGAAACUUCUGUUGGUAGCACUCCUCACCCCAAGAGUAGGAACUCGACACUGGCUCGCGUGCAACAAGGAAAGGCACUGGACGGAAUUUUAAAGACGCCCAGCGCCAGGAAUAUAAUGGUGCCAAAUGAGCCAGCUAGUGCGGUAUUAAAGUCUCGCGAGGAUUCCUUGGCGGCAACUACCGAAUACGAUUUGAACAUGACGAAUACCACGUUGCAUCUAGACAAGAUAUUCGACGACGUGCCCGAAACAACAGGGGCCAACAUGGAUGACACGGAAACCGAGAUAAACGUAACUGCACUCAGCACGGUGACUGGUGUUGAUCCCUUGGGUUCUUCAAAGCAAAACGAAUCCGUAUCAUCAGAGGCUCUAAUGAGUAUCUCUCAUAAAGCCCCUGGGGUCACUUCGCUCAAGGAUCCGCUGACCAGCACAACAUACAAGGCUGCCUUGCAGGCCGAUCUUAAUCUAAGCGCCAUUACAGAAUCUGGUUCCAGGACGACUUCACCCAACCCGAACGAGAUGAGCGGCAUACAAUUGUUGGACCAGACCUCGGACUCAAUGUUCUCCGAAGCUCUGAUAGUGUCGGGCGUGGAGUCCUGCGACGUUACUGUGGAUGAGACAAAGGCUUCGGGCCAAACCAUCCAACCCACGGAUAACAUUGAGGAUCGCUCCGAUACAGACUCAAACGUUGGCCUUACCGAGCCCCUGGUAUUUAGUGAUGACGAGGAGGAGCCAAAGGAUUCGGCAGUCACUCCGAAAAAAUCUACUUGUAUCGAGGAACCAUCCAUUGCCUAUAAGCUCGAAGAAUCCGCUGAUUUACCUGCAGAGACAUUAAGUAAAAAUGAAAAGGAUUCUAUAACAGAAAUUUCUCUGAUUGAAGUUGAGGAUACCACAAUAGAGGGCAGUACUAGCGAAACAAAUCAUCAAGAUGACAAAAUUAAGGACAAGAAUUAUCUGGAAAUUAAACUAGAUAUUUCAAAGGAUAAGGAAUCACCAGGUGAAGAAAAUAAUGAGCCCCCGGUGGUCGAAUUAACAAUCAUAGAAUCCGAAAUAUUUCCUCUGGACUCAACUGCAGAUUGUUCGGUCAAUACUGCCAAUGUCCUCAACUCAAGCACGGAUAAGGAAUCACCAGGUGAAGAAAAUAAUGAGCCCCCGGUGGUCGAAUUAACAAUCAUAGAGUCCGAAAUAUUUCCUCUGGACUCAACUGCAGAUUGUUCGGUCAAUACUGCCAAUGUCCUCAACUCAAGCACGGAGAAGAUUAUACCUAGCGUGGAUUUGAAGCCAGACAAUUUAGAGCCGACGAAUCUUGGCGAUGUCGAGGCACCAGAAACUUCAGCUGAAAAAGCUUUAAAAAAAGUUGUUCCUCAUUUGGAUCAAUCAGCCAUCGAUACAUCACCUUCCGAAAAACGUAAAUUUGAAAAGACUUCUGAGACUGGAACAAAUCAACCCCCGAUCGAAACCUCGCCUUCUAAAGAUGUAUCAGAAGAAAGCAAAUCUGAUGUGGUGCCCACUGAUUGUGAAACUGUUCAACCAGCCAUGGAAUUGUCCACUGUUGCAGAAGUUGAUCAACCAGUCAUCGAAACAACACCUUCCGAAUCACUUAUUGUGGAAAACAACCCCGAUGAGAUCCCCAUUGGUGGUGAAACUGAUGAAGAAGUCAUUAAAACAUCACCUGCCAAUGAACUUCCAAUGGAAACCAAACAGGAUGACCCCAUGGACGAAAAAAAAAAUCAAAUAGUCAGCGAAACAUCACCUUCCGAAAAACCUUCCCCAGAAAACCAAACAGAUGAUGUGCGCACUGAUGGUGAAUCAGAUCAAGAAGCCAUCAAAUCAUCACCUGCCGAGGAACUAAUCGAGGAAGCAAAGUCUGAUGAGGUGCUCACCGAUUCAGAAUCUAAUAUUAUCCAAACAUCAUCUUCCGAUCUUUUCGAGGAAAGCAAACUUGAUGAGGUCCCCACUGAUGGUGAAUCUGAUCAAGAAGUCAUCAAAACAUCACCCGGCGAGGAACUCGAAGAAGAAGCCGAGUCUAAAGAAGUUCCCACUGACGCAGAAUCUGAUAAACGUGUCAUUGAAACAUCACCUUCCGAACAACAUUUCGAGAAUAGCAAACUUGAUGAGGUGCCGAAAGAUGGUGAAGCUGAUCAGGAUGUUAUCAAAACAUCUCCUGCGAAAACACUGCCAGAGGAAACCAAACCAGAAGAGCCCACUAAUCAAACAUUCAUUGGAACCUCACUUUCGGAGGAACCUUUAGGUGAAGAUAAACCUGAUGAGGUGCCCAUUGAUACAAAAUCUACUCAACGAGUCGUCGAAACAUUACCUCCUGAACUAAUAACCGAAGAAGAUAAGCCGGAUGUAGAUGAGGUUCCCGCUGAUGGUGAAACUGCCGAGGUCCUUCCAGAAGAAGCCAAGCCUAAUGAGGUGUCUACUGAUGCACAAUCUAAUCAACACUUCAUCGAAACAUCACCUUCUAAAGAUCUCUCCAAGGAAAAUAAAACAGAUGAGGUGCCCCCCUAUGGUGAAGCCGAACAGGAAGUUAUAGAAACAUGUCCUGCGAAAGAACUUCCAGAAGAAACCAAACCUGAUGAACCGACUAAUCAAACAGCCGUCGAAAAAUCACCUGCCGAGGAAAUUCCAGAUGAAGCCAAGACUAAUGAGGUGUCUACUGAUGCGGAAUCUAAUCAAACAGCCAUCGCAACAUCACCUGCCGAGGAACUUUCAAAAGAGGUCAAACUCAACGAGGUGCUUUCAGAUAAUACAUCUGACCAACUAGUCAUCGAAUCAUCACCCGCCGAAGAAGUUCCAGAGGAAACCGAACAAGAAAUUGAGCCACUUGCAUUUGAAAUUGCCACAAGCCAAAAUGUUCCUCAAGAUCAAAUAAGUAACCUCGAUACGGGAGACAUUGGUGAAACGAGCGUCAGCGUGGCUGUAGAUGAGGUCUCUGCCGUCGAUAGUGAACAAUUUGAGGAUCAACAGACUAUUCAAGACGAAUCAGUGAUUAUUUCCUCUGAUUCUGAAGACGAAAACAAGGACGAAGAAUCUUUGGGUGAUCCACAUGCAGAUAAGAAAGAAACUUCCAUCAGCGCAGCAGUUGAGAUCGAAAAUUCAAAUGAUCUAGAUCUAAAGGAGGGUGGUCCAUCACCACCUGCAGACGCUAAAAUUCCUGAAAAAACUAAAGAUGAGUUUGAUGCGUUGGAAGUAGAUACUUUAACGGAUGCCGCCUGUUCUGCUGAUCAAUCUUCUAAGAAUGUGGAACUCGCCAAUGAAAAAUCGUCACGAGCAGAUACAAACGAAGAUUUGGCAAGUAAUGCCGCUUCGUUGGAUACAUCCACAAAUGUAAGUUAUCCUAAGGUCUCUCCAGAUGAAGAAGGUAUCAAGUCUGCUCCUCAGGAUGAAGUUUCUGCCUCGGAGGAAUCAUCAAAAGAAGUUAUGGCUGCGGAUAAAGAAGACGCUGGAGAAUUAAGUCAAAAUCAAAACGGUCCUUAUGAUGCUGCACUGGAAGAAAGUCCACAAAGUAAACCACUCGUGACUGAACAGAAUAAAACACCAUCUAUUCUGGAGGAAUCGUCUGCUUUGGAUAAAACUGAGGAAGAUACGACUGCAGAUACAGAAAUAGCUGACGAACGCCCACCGCCAAAGUCCUCUGGUCAGGAAAUGGACCAUAAGGUUAUUCAGUUGGAUGUAUCGACCAUUGUAGAGCAGAAUACACUAGAUGAAAGCUCAGUUGUUACAGAAUCCGCCACUGAUCCUUUCAAAGAGGAUCUCAAUUCGGACAUACUGAGGGAUGGCACUACUGUGGAUAAGAAGGAAGCCACGGAGAAUCAAAAUGAUAUUACAGUAAUUGAAGAUUGCGAGACUCAUCAGCCAAAAGAGUCAUCUGCUUUCGACAAAACAAAGGAAGAUAAGGAGCUGGACAAAGACGAAUCUAAGGAGGAAUAUAAUCAAAACGAACGCGACGACGAGGUUAUUCAGUUGGAAGCCUCUAGCAUUGUUGAGCACACACCACUGGAUGAAAGUUCUAUAAUUGAAGGAGCCAGCGCUGAUUCUAUACAUAAGGACAGCAUAAAACAGGCAAACGAUUCGAUCGAAAAAAAAUCAGUAAAAUGUCUGUCUGAAGAGUCAUUAAAUCAAAAUGGAGUUGAAGAUGAUGUGAUUCAGUUGGAUGCCUCGAGCAUUGUUGAUCAGUCCAAACUUUUUGAAGAAUCUAUCAGUGAUCACCCAAGGGAUGUUUCCAUUUUGGCGGAAUCAUCGAGUCUCGACCAAUCAAAACUAACUUUAAUAACGAGUCAAAUGGGAUCGGACGACAAACAGACAGAAGCGGAUGAGGCUGAAGAAGCGACAAUGGAUACGACAUCCUCCAGUAAUCAAGAAGUUAAGGCAGUGGAACCGGAGAUAAUUUCCAAAAUUGUUAAGCCUAAUUUAACAGAGAAGUCGGACGCCCAGAACAAGAUCAUCGAUGGUAAUAUUUCUUUGGAUACUGAAAGUCCUAACAAUUUCAUUUUAAAGGAUAAAGGAUCUCUAAAUGCUGAAGUCCUUGCAGCGCAGAAUUCGGACCCUAAAAAAGAUGAAAUAGAUAUAAAACAGCCAAAGGAUAUCUCCAUAGACGCCACUCCUGCACAAGUAAUAGUACUGAACUUAUCAAGCUCCCAUGGUUUAGAAACUACAGAUAUAGUUGAGGCUUCAUCAUCACAACAAGUAACGCAGGACAUUUGUGCGCCUAAAUCUGAAGAUAAACCUAAAGUUCAGCUUCAAGAGUUAUCUGAUUCAAUAGCUGAAGCUCACGAAGCCCCAACUAAAGUACAGGAAGCUGAAAAGGAAAAAAGUGGCAUUUCUAAAAUUUCCUCAGAUGCUAAAGAAUCUGUCGUAUAUGAUGUUUCAAAAUCCUUCUCUGAAAGCCAAAGUGUAUCAAGCGAGGAGGUUCAAAAGGCUGCCGAAGACGAGGCAAUAAUCGACUUGGAUUCUGCAAGUGAAGAAAAAGACGAUGAAGAAGAAGUUGAAUUCAUAUCAGAGCAUAAAAGUAUGGUUACUCCAAAUACCGAAGAACAAGCUAAGCCCGAUAAGCCUAAUACCGAAGAUGCCGUUUCCGGAAAGUAUGAUGUCAUUACAAUAGAUGAUUCAAGUUCUAGCGCCCAGGGACCUGAAACAACGGACGCCACUUCAGUAACACCUCAAGAAGAAUCUACUGUAUCAACGUUAAGUACUUCUGUUUCAGAAGAGCCUCAGUCAUCCGAUGAGCUAGCUCAAGUAGAAACUAUUAAAUCAGCGCAUGUUGAAGAAUCUGUUUUUGCCACUAAAAAGAGUGAUGAUGAAGCUGCUUUGAAUAAUAUUCCAGAACCAGAUACUAUUCAUGAAAUACACGACAGCCCAGCAGCUGAAGAUUUAACUGCUAAAGAAAAAUGCGAUUCUGAAGAAAUUGCAAAAUGUAAUGACAUUGAUAAGCACACUUCUACAGUUGUGCUUGAUGAGGAUUCUUCAAGCCUCACCGAUGAUACCAAACAAUGUGAAAACAAUUCUGAGGGUAAACCAAUUGAGGAGUCUGCACAAAAUAUUUCAACAGAAAAGGUCGAGCUUAAAAAUAAUGAACCAGAAAAGCCAAUUUCUGAAACCGCCAUUUUGCAGUCAUCGAAGAUAUCUCGCAAGCCAUCGAGCCAAGAAGAAACUUCACCGGAUGAAGGAAAAUCUAAGCCAGCAAAACGAACGACUAGGAAGGGAUCGGCAUCCACUGAUAAACCAGCAGAAGCUGCUGUAUCUGAAAGACCCAAGAGGAUGGCACGAAAACCGUCUUCUGAGGAUUCGAAAAUAGAAGAACGUGUACUGGAUAAUAAGCAAGCGGAUGAUGCCCACAUUAAGCUCAGGGGACGAGCCAGAAAACCAUCAGUGGAUGUUGAUGAUGACAAACCAGAAUCCAUCACUGAGAAAAGAAGGGGACGAAAACGUACUCCUUCAGUAGAAGUUAUUGAAACCAUGGCACAGAAGAACACUGUAGAAGAAGUCCUAAAAGAUGAAGAAGCUCUGCAACCCAUCAUAGAGGAAGAGCCGGAGUCUGGAGUUGAGGAAAAGAAAGAGUCAAAGGCAGAGGAGGAUUCCAAUCAGAGGGAGAUCACCACAGAGAAACCUAAGAGACGUGUAAGGAAGGCAUCUGCAAAGGAAACUGAUACUAUAUUGGACACUAAAGAAAAGACGAAAGAUGUUCUAGAAGCCAUCAAUGAAGCUAAAGGCGAUCAUUUGGAUAUCCCAGAGCAAGAGGAUCCUGAAGAGCUGGCAACCGCUGUAUCUUCAACUUCAUCAAAGGAAGAAAGCAAGUCAUUAAAUGAGGAUACAAUCCAGAAAGAGACAACCGUAGAAAAGCCUAAAAGGCGCGGACGAAAGGCUCCUACAAAAGAAACGGACACCACGUCGGACAAGAAAGAAAAGGUUGCAGAUGUUCUAGAGGCUGUCAAGGAAGGUGGAAUUCAAAAUCGAGAAUCGUCGGAUGAGGUGAGGGAAACAAAGUUCGAUGUUGAGGAGAAGGUGGAGUCAAAGGACGAGGAGAAUACCAACCAGAAGGAGAGCAUCAUAGAAAAACCAAAAAGACGAGGUCGGAAGGCAUCUGCAAAAGAAACGGAAACGACAUUCGACAAAAAGGAAAAGCCUGAAGAUAUUCUAAAAGCGGUUGAAGAGGACGAAACUCCGCAAUCCAGUCAAAAUGUUUCAGGUCAUUCUGAGCAGGAAGCGCCUCAAGGACAUGUACCCAUUGAGGCUUUAAAUGUAUCCAAGGAAGAACAAGAUAAAACGGCUGAGCCUGAACCCAAUCCCCACCCAGCUAAGACUAGUAGGAGGGCACGCAAGGCAUCAGCUGAAGAUGUAAGCAAUGUAGCAGACAAGAAGCACAAAUCAGAGGACCAAACUAUUGAAAAGCAAGGUGAGGGGUCCAAGGAAGCCGGUAAAACUCGCGAGGUGAAACCAAGGCGGAGGGUACGCAAACCUUCGGCAGAGGUGGUAGAAACCACCGCUCCUAAUGACACACAGGAGGUGGUGGCUUCCAUUCAAGAAGAUCAGUCAAGUUCAGACGACCAAAAUAAACACCAGCCGCCGUCCCGUAAAUCAGCAGAAUUUAACCCAGAAAGUGCCCAGGAACCAGCUAAGGAUGAUAACGUUGAAAGACCCAAGCGUCGGGGCCGCAAGCCUUCUGUGGACAUUGAUCAUGUAGUCCAAGAAGUUGUAGAAAAACCCAAGCGAAGGGGUAGAACACCAGCAGGGCAUGAUAAACCGACGAUUGCUGACGAAAAGUCGGACCCGCCAUUGCAGGUUGUUGAGCCAGAGAAAAAGACCAGACGCAAUGUACGCAAGGCUUCGGCUGAAACUGUAGAGAUCGUUGUGUCCAGCGAGGAUGAGCAACUUCAGCAAAUCGAAGAGGCAGCCGAGCCGGUUUCGGAAUCCGAACCGUCACCAAUUAAGCCACCACCAAAGGAAGAAGAGGGGCACAAGACACGGCGACGCGGUCGCGAGCCCACGGCAGAGACGAUUGAGGUGCCGAUAAAAACGAACUCGGCCGAGGAAUCGGAUGAGAUCCCCACUCACUCACGCAGGCGUGGGCGCAAGGCCACCGAAGAUGAGGCCCUAGCAACUAUAGAUCUAACGCAGCCCAAGACAAAGCUUCGUGGACGCAGGGCGUCCUUGGAGCCGGAACACAAGGAGGAAACCCCUUCAGAGUCUCAUACCGAGGACGCGGAUCCACCAACAGCGAAGACAACGCGGCGCGCUAGAAAGCCAAGUGCUGAUGUGGAUGCGACACAAGUGGGCGCACCGGAGAAGAAACUACCAGCACGGCGUGUCCGCAAAGCCUCAGCGAGUGUCGAUGAAGGAACGCCGGUGGCAAAAAAGGCGACAGCUCGUCGCGGUCGCAAAGACGAGACCCACGAGGACGAGGAAAAGAAGCAGAUCGAUUUACAGGACCUGCCGACGGACAGUGUUUCGGCGCUCGUAGUCACAUCAGGCUCCCCGACAAAGACUGGCGAUGGGGAAGAGCUUACUCCACGGCGCCGAGAGGGCCGCAACCUGCCGCGUAAAAACUAUGAGGAGGCACCAGACGAUGAUAAACCACACUCCGCGCUGCGACGGGCUCGCAAGCCAGCGGCAAGCAAGGCGCUGGCCAACAAGGUUUCAGAGCCAGAUGCAGUUACUGCUACUCCGGUAACCAAACAAGCGCCCGUGGAGGUAGAAGCCACUCCCGACAAUACGGUGGUCCUGCCAGAGCCCACGACCUCGCAGCGACGGGAGGGACGGAAUCUACCGCGCAAGAACUACACGGAGGCGCCGGACGACGACAAGCCCACAUCGUCCCGGGGACGCCGGGUACGCAAUCUGACUGCAAAGGCUCUGGAAUUGAUUGUAGAUUCCUCGCCACGUCCGGCAACUCCAAAAAGGACCAAGAGCAAGGCGGUCGAGGACGAGGAGCCUCCUGCCAAGAAGGCGACCCCUGAGGUACCACCAGUAACGUCAGCGCCGGAAGAAGAGCCUGCGCCCGCGGCUAAGGGGCGUGGCACUCGUCGAAAGAUCGAACAAAGCGAAUCGGAGGAUGCGGACGUUAAGCCGGUGAAAAAGACCGCACGCGCCACGGCUCGCAAGGCGAAAGUUGAGGUGGAACCGGAGGAGCAUCCGCCCGUUAAGAAGGCGCGGGGUAGAGCACGUUCCAAAACACCUUUGGGAGAGCCUCCAGCUACCCAGGAGGAGGAGCCGGUCAAGAAGCCCGCUGCCCGCAGUCGAGCUCGAGGCGCUAAGGCAGCAGAGCCGGAGCAGCCAGUCGAGGAUACCCAAGUCCAAGACGCCGCCUCCACGUCCGCGGCGACAGGACGAGCUGGACGAGGCAGGAAGGUGCACUUCGAGGCAGCGCCGGAGGUCUCAACAAGUGAGGAUGCACCAAAGCGGGCAACUCGAUCACGCCGGAAGUAAUAUCUAUAUAUUUCAUCUUAAAGCUUGAAUAACUUUGUAUAAUUUUUUGUUUAUUUCAUAAUUCUGCAUUUUUUAACCUUCGUUAUUGACUUCUGUAUAAAAAGUUUGCAUUUAUCAAUUAAUCAAGGCAUCAUAACAUUUAAGUUCUAUUGUUAGUCCUCCAUUUCGGUAGGAUAUAUUUGGGAUGGCUCCCCUCGCUCAGAAAGAAAACUAACCUUAAUAGAGUUAAGGCAUUAAACAUUAUUAAUACAUAUAGUUUACAUUUUAAGACACUAUCGAACAUCCCCAAAAUAAUAAAGAUUCGUAAACCUAAA